AGGGUUAACCCCCUGCGAGGCAGCGCUGAGGGGUGGAAACACCAUCAUGCUCUGAGGCCACAUCUUGUUUUCGCUGUGUUUCUACUGUUGUGUGAAAAGGCUUUGCUAUAAAGGUUCAAGUGUGUAAAGAAGAAGGAAGCUGAAAUGCAACCGCCUUCGCUGUAAACAGCUGAAGUGCUGGUGCUGGAAAUAUAAGGAACUCUCCUUGUGGCCUUUGUUCCUACCUGCACCAAACAACCAUGACGUGCCGGGACAUCCAUGCCACCAAUGCAUUUGCCUUCAUCAUUGCCUUUGUGUCUGUGGGAGGAAUUACUGUGGCAGGAUUAAUCCCACAGUGGCGUAUAACGAGACUCGUCACCUUCAAUCGCAACGCCAAGAAUGUCAGUGUGUAUGAUGGGCUGUGGGCUAAAUGUGUGAAACAGGAUGGCUAUUCCGGAUGCUACUACUAUGAUUCAGAGUGGUACUCUAAAGUGGACCAGCUAGAUCUACGGCUGCUGCAGUUCUGUCUGCCUGCAUGCCUGAUGUUCGGCUCACUAGCUUUACUGCUGUGCAUGGCUGGGAUGUGUAAGACCUGCUGCUGCUCAGAUAAGCCUGAGCCAGACAUUAAAACUAUCAGAUUCCUGGUCAACAGUGCAGGCUGUCACCUGGUGGCCGGGAUGUUUUUGUUUUUGGGUGGAGCUAUCGCCAUCGCACCCUCAGUGUGGUUCUUGUUCCGUACCAAGGAGAUGAACAUCACAUAUGACAACAUUUUCUCUGAUGGGUUUGCUGUAUAUAUAGCAAUAGGCUGCUCUGGAGGACUGAUGCUGGCCGCGCUAAUGAUGUUCUUGUGGUACUGCAUGUGUAAGAGGUUGCCUUCACCUUUCUGGUUGCCCCUGCCUUCCAUGUCACCCUCUCUGUCCACCCAGCCUCUCACUGCCAACGGAUAUCCUCCCUCCCCAGUCUACGGUCCUCAGUCAUUCCAACCACAGACCUAUCCUCCCACAGUGAUCAACACUCAGCCUUAUGUGGCCUCCCAGGGUUAUGCACAAAGUGUGGCCACCCCUGCAACACACCAGGUUUACAUGUCUCAGAUUCCUGCUCCAGAGGGGUAUGGAUCAGAGGUAGGAGUGACCCAGGCCUACAGCUACGCUCCUUCUCAGAGCUACGCACCCUCGCAGAGUUAUGCACCCUCACAAAGCUAUGCUCCUUCUCAAGGCUACAGAUCCAGCUACACAGGACGCCGCUACUCCACCCGCUCACGGAUGUCUGCUAUAGAGAUCGACAUCCCUGUGCUAACACAGGAAGAGUAACAGAAGAGAGGCAAAUAACCUGAGCACUCUAAAGGCUUCUGUCCUCAUACUUCCAUGAAUUUCACCACUGAUAAAAGUAAUAGAGAAUGAUAGAUGAAGGUUAAUAACAUGAGAGCUAUUUAGAACCUCUACAGUGACAGCUUCAAGAAUUCAGUCAGCCAGUCUAGGUCUGUAAUUUACCGAUCACUGAAGCUGAGACCUAGUUCACAGACCCUGGGAGGUGCUAUAAGAAGAAUGACAUUUUCUUUAAAAUGAAGAUUAUUAAAGCACCAGUGCAAACGCAGUAUUCAGCUUAGUAUUGUAGCAAUGGAAGCUGAAAAUAUAUUUUCAUUUGCAACCAAAAGUACUUUGACACCUCAAGCAACUGUUUUUUCACUAUUUUACAAGCAGAGUAGGGGCAAUCAACAACACAAAGCUUCUGGGAAAUGGACCAACUUUACUAGCUACAAGCAGACUACAAGUUACUAGCAUUAGGUAGGUUAAUAUACAUUCCAACUACAUUUUUCUUUUCAAUUUGUAUAGUGGACACACACUAUUCAAUUGAUUUAUCACUGUUAUGUCUGCAGUUUAUGAAGGUCUUAUCACUACUGACUGUCAUUAACUUUUAGUUCUGUCUUUCUAAAUAGACAACUACUAACUGACUCACCUGUUUAUAUAUUUUGUGCUUGUUUUAUGACGUGAAUUGUUGAUGUCACAGUACCCUGUGAUUGUUUUAAAUGCACUAAUAAUGUGAAUACUGUGCCAGUUUACAUUGCCUUUUUUUUGCAAAUUUUGUUUAAAUAUACAUAUGACCUAGGGCUGCACAAUUCUGGGUAAAAUAUGAAUUUUGACAUUUAGAAUUGCACACUGUAUGCCUCUGAUGAUUGUUGUCAUCUUUACACAUUGGAUUUCUCUUCUGUCACCAGGUCACGAUGUGAUGUAAUGCAUUCCUGUUACUGGUUAGCACAGCGUAGCAAGGAAAGGGAGCGCUUGGUUUAAUGUAAUAGAUCUACUUCCUAAAGCUCAAUGUAAAUGAAAUCUUGCCUUUUUGUAUGUUUUGCUUAAUGAACAUGAUCAACAUUCCUUCAAAUUCUAUUGUCUCCAUCAUGUUAUUCUACAUUGUUCAUGUCAGUGAUAUCGCCACAUGCUUUCUACACUGUCACCUUUUUAUUUUUAUUAAAAUAUCCAUCAUAAUGUAUCUACGUGCUGGGGGAACAGUGACAAAAGCCAAUUCACUAACUGAUAUAAAGUACUCAACAUUUGUAACUGCAACACAAACCAGCACACAACCAGUCUUAUUUAGAUUCAAAGUAUUCAUCUGAGUAAUUUGUCCAUCUCUCCCAGCUGGCAAAAACAGGAGGCGAAACCGGGAAACAUUUCAGGCAGACUGAAUGACAUACUGGGAGAGAGAGCCCAUUUUUAUCUGCUCCAGUGAUGGUUUCAGCUGUUUAUGUCCAGCAUUUCCAGUGUAAUGGAUAAACUGAUUGUCUGCAAGGUUCUAGUUUUCCAAAAACUUAUCAUGUUACAGUUCUUUCUAUAAUUCAUAAUUGGGGGCUAUUAAAGCUGUGGAUAUGACCAAGGC